GGCCUGGCUCGGGUCCCCCGUCGCCUCAGACGCCGCCAUGAACUUCCGCGCCUCGGUCGGCGAGUGCCUGCGGGACUGGGAGGAGCUGCAGGACAGCUUCCAGCGCGUGCAGGAGACCCACAGGCUGUACCGACAGAAGCUUGAAGAGCUCACAAAGCUCCAGGGCGGCAUUGCCAGCUCCAUCACGCGGCAGAAGAGGAAGCUGAAGGAGCUCUCCCUGGUCCUCAAAAAAUGCAAGUCCGCAGUCGGCAGCGCAGAGGAGAAAGAAGGCGGCACCAUCCAGGAGCUGCAGAGCCUGAUCAAGGAGCGGCAGAACGUCUUCUUCGACAUGGAGGCCUAUUUGCCCAAGAAGAACGGGCUGUACCUGAGUCUCGUGCUGGGGAACGUGAACGUCACGCUGCUCAGCAAGCAAGCCAAGUUUGCAUACAAAGAUGAAUACGAGAAGUUCAAGCUGUACCUCACCAUCAUCCUGCUCAUGAUCUCCUUCACCUGCCGGUUCCUCCUGAACUCCAGGGUGACUGAUGCCGUCUUCAAUUUCCUCCUGGUCUGGUAUUACUGCACUCUGACCAUCCGGGAGAGCAUCUUGAUCAACAACGGAUCCAAGAUUAAAGGCUGGUGGGUUUUCCAUCACUACAUUUCCACCUUCCUCUCGGGUGUCAUGCUAACUUGGCCAGAUGGACUCAUGUACCAGAUGUUCCGAAACCAGUUCCUCACCUUCUCCAUGUAUCAGAGCUUCGUCCAGUUCCUCCAGUACUACUACCAGAGUGGCUGCCUCUACCGGCUGCGAGCCCUGGGCGAACGGCACACCAUGGACCUCACCGUGGAGGGCUUCCAGUCGUGGAUGUGGCGAGGCCUCACCUUCCUCCUCCCGUUCCUCUUCUUUGGCCAGUUCUGGCAGCUUUACAACGCCGUCACCCUCUUCCAGCUGGCCAGGCAUCCGGAGUGCAAAGAGUGGCAGGUGCUGAUGUGCGGGUUUCCCUUCUUCAUCCUCUUUGCCGGGAAUUUCUUCACCACUUUGCGGGUUGUUCACCAGAAAUUCCAAGCCAAGGCCAAGAGGCAGUAAGCGCGAUCCAAAGUGCCUGGCCCGCCGCACGCGCCCCCCUCCCCCCCGCCGCCUCUAGCCCUCCAGUCGCCUUCGUCCUUCACUCGGCUGAGCAGUGUGGCUGCCCCAACCGGACAAUCGACCUGGCGCCAUGCGUCCCUCUUUUCGGCCCUCUUCUUCUGCCUCUUCUCGCGAACGGUGGAGAAAGGAGGCAGCACGUGAGCUGCGCUUCUGCCUUCAGCCCGAGGGCUUCCCCUCUCUUCCCCCGAGAAGGGCGUCCAGAUGGAGGCAUGGGUCUGAGCCGCCAGAGCACGCUGGAGAAGCGAAAGACACGUGGGACAGAGUGUUUGGCCACCGUUCUGCACCCCCUUUCCUGCCUGCUGCCAAAAGAGGGGCCCGCUGCCUUCCCGAGCCCCCGUCUACUUAAACUGGGGGGGGUGGAAGGGAGCAGGCGCGGCUUCGGCAUCUCCGGCGCGCCAUUCUGGCGUCCUGGUGUUUCUUCUUGCAUCUGAGCCAGGCUGUGAGGAACCAGCCAACCCUCUCGUAUCGGCCUUUUCCUCCCCUUCUCUGCAUGGUUAUGUCCGCCGUCAUCUUCCUUCUGUGGGGGCAGAUGGAGCAUUUGGCCCCCAGCCUUGUUCAUCCACCGCCCAGCGUCCCCCUUCAUAUCCUCUCCCUGCCCCGGAUGUGAUCACUGAGGGCUAGCCAGCUGCAUGGAGCGGCGUGGCCCGGCUGGUGCCUUCCCUGGACUGGGCGGGGCGCACGGCUCCAAGGCCUGGGCAUUUUUGGCGUUCGUUCGUGCGGCAACUCCGUGCAGGGCUCCGGAAGGGCUGAAGGCCAGGGUGGGAGCGCGCAGCGCUCUGGCCUCUGCUCGGCGCGACUCUUCUCUGGCGUGGCUCGGUGUGCGUACGUGAGCGUGACGCCGUGCUCUCCCGCCUGUGUCAUCCUCUCCCACAAAUGUACCCGUCAUGAACAAGCUGGGAAAUAAAAGGGAAAUGGCUGCC